AUCCCCGUGAUCCUUAAAAUUAUCAAGUUCUUCCGAAUAUAUCCUUUCCCAACUAUAAUACAAUAGUGACUGUAUAAAGUAAUGCUUAUCGGGUGUUUCAUACUUACGUGCAUGGUUACUCCCAAGGGAGUUAUCGCGGCGACAACAGAGAGCGUCUGCCGCGCUCGAAGUAUCGAACGUGAGUGGUGUGGCGCUGGAUGUCAUGGCCGUGACGCUUAUAUAAAUGCGCGGCGUCGCCGUCACGCGCGCUCAGUAUGUGUCGUGUUCUGCGAGCUAGAACGUCGGCCGUGAUGGCGGCUCGAGUGCGGUUGAAGAUGCAAUGCGUCACCGUUAUGUCGUUGUUCAUUGUGAUCGUGGUGUUGUGUGGUGUUGAUUUUGUGUGUGGAAUGUUCGAGCAUCGCCACUGCAACCAUCAGCAUCCCCGGCCACACGAGGUUAUUCAUGGCGUUCAUAUAGAACCGGUACACGAAGUGAAAAAACGUAGUAUCAAUCAACCAGUUCGAAUUCUUCUGUGGUAUGAUGAAAGCGUCUACAGGCUGGAUGAUGAAAAGCUGGAUCUAAUUAAUAAUACUAUUCUACCAGAAGCGGUACACUUUUGGGAACGGGCUCUUAUGGUUCGUGAAACGAAGGGCAUUAUUAGAUUAAGCAGGAAAUGUGAAAGUAGCCAAGUCUUCGUCAAAGAUCAUCAUACACAUUGUAUAAAUAACUGUCGCCCUAUUACUAUGUGUGGUGAUGUCGUGGUUCCUGAAAAUCAUCUUGACGUUUGCAGAACGUGUAACGCAACAGGACAUGACUGUAGAAUAGCAGAAGGAAGUAAGGCCGGUCCAGGAAUAGAUGGUGCUGAUUUUGUCUUUUAUGUGUCUGCAAUGCAAACCAAAAGAUGUCAUAAAGGAUUAACCGUAGCUUAUGCGGCACAUUGUCAACAAGAAGAAGCGUUAGAUCGACCCAUAGCAGGACAUGCCAAUUUGUGUCCUAAAAGUAUUACGACGAAACCACAAGAAUUGGAAACUCUUCUAAGUACUGUAAAACACGAGAUAUUACACGCUUUGGGAUUUUCUGCCAGUUUAUACGCUUUUUAUCGAGAUGAAAAUGGCGAACCUAGAACACCAAGAAGAAGUGACACAGGAAAACCGUUGUUGAACGAAAAGUUACAAACACAUCAGUGGAGUGAAAAUACUAUCAAAACUGUGGUCAGAUCAUCCUGGCAAGUGCAUGAUGGCUACGUCGAAAGAACUAUGCAAAUAAUAGUUACCCCUAAAGUUCGUGCUGAGGUUAGAGCUCACUUCAAUUGCCCGGAAUUAGAAGGUGCAGAGUUGGAGGAUCAGGGGGAAGAUGGUACAGCAUUAACGCAUUGGGAAAAACGAGUAUUUGAGCUGCGGUAAUUCACUCUUAAGCGGUGAAAUCACCCUCUAAAGGUUGAGCUUGUUACGUUGCGAGCGAGAGGCGGCGUGCAACGUACAAAAUUAAGAUUAUUUUUAGAUCUUAUUUUCUAUAUUGAAUUUAUUUGGUUUAUUAUUUAAUUGCGCGGUUGAGAAAGGUAUUAGCGCUGCCACCAGUCCUGAUCAUAUAUGACGACCGCUUUUGCGAUCGUCCUCUAUGUUCAGAACAAUUUAAAAAGACAGUAAAUUUUCGAUACUGGAUUUACUACUGAGUUCGUUGAUACUCUAGUCCCGUAUGGGCCCUUCGUAUGAAUUUAUGCAAAGUUGGUAGGCGUGAAAUGUGAUGAGGAAUGUGUUUGAUGUUUGAAUUAAAUCGAAACUGAAUAUGUGCAACAAAGAAUAUAAUUUCAGGAAAAUAAGUAAUAUAUCAAAACAUAACAAUCGGUAAGGAAAGUGUUUGUUUGACAAAAGGUACGAGCUGUAAAAAAUAUAAGUGAAAGAUGAAUUAUAUAUAUAUGUUUUUAAAUAAUCAAAGGUGAAGAUCGCUUAUCGGAAAAGACUAGUUUAAAUCAGUUUUCAUAUACGCGAUCAGAUUCGAACGACGACGAGGUCUUUAAGCAACCGAAUUUUAUAAUGUAAUUUAUUCGCAACUGAUUAUUCUGAAACUGAGGGAAACGAACCCAGGGAAUAUUUCCAGGACCAGACGGUCUCGUAGGCCGUCCCUUGUUUGAUUAAUUAGAAAUUGCAUCAAAUUAAAUGGAACGAAAAAAAAAAUAAUGAAAACAAUUAUCAAUACCUUAACGACUUGUUGAACGGAACGAUCUAGAGGAAAUACCUUCAAGACUGACGGUCACGUAGAUCGCCCGUUUUGCCUCACAAUUAGACAGAUUCAUCGUAUUAAUAGAAUAAAAUAGACAACUCACCGAACUUGAUGUUAUAACGAUAUAUGAUAAUAUAAUUUAUUGCUUUGUAAUUGCUGAUGUUGUUUGGAAUUUGAAAAGGCGAAGAAUAGAUGAGAAGAAAUGUCACACCCGCACUACGCGUUCACGAUAGGCCUUUUUUUAUGGUAUUUGCGGAUUAAAACGAGACGAUACAAUGCGAAUACGAAACGAAAUUACAACCCGACGCGAGAAAAGAAAAUAAUUAAUUACGAACCGUUUAAAAUCAAAAGAGAAAAAUAGUCAAUUUGAAAGUGUGAAAUUUAACGUAUUCAUAUGAGUCCUUGCCGCAAAACACGAAUUAAACAUAAUCUCGACACUCUGCCUUGCUACGCGAAGGAACUUUGUCGAGCAGAUCAAUUACGCGAAUUUGUCGACAACUACAUCUCUACGCGAACACGGGCUCCCCGUCACGUACCUUACGAUUUUUCGACGAAGAGUGAUUUGCCUCAGUCAAGCGAUCGAUGUCUCAGGGUUCGACCCGUAAUCGGUACCCCAAGGGGGAACAUCAUUUAGCAAAUCAUGAUACGCGUCGAAGGAGAAGGCCCACCCGUAUUGGUUUGUCGAGGCGCGCGUUUCCCGAAUUCUCAUCCCUUCUUGACCUUUCUUUCCAGCCUUGUCUAAUGUUGUCUAUUCCUUUCUAUCUUCUCUAGCGCUACAACGAUUUUCGUGCGCCGCAAUUUCUGGAAUAUUCGAUGACUAUUCUAUGAAUAUUCGAUGAAUAUUCUAGUUUGAUUUUAUUUAAUGUUUUAAACUACGAGGCUAUUACGACUUAUUAGUCUAGAAUAUUCAAUAUAUUUAUUGGUAUCGAUGGAACGCUUUCAUUAACGGUGUUCAUCUCGCGUUAAUUAGGUUGUUGCUAAUCAUUAAAUAAUAUUCAUUAUUUGCGUUUUACGGAUUUACGUGAUAGAGAAUACGGCGGUCUAUAAUUUAUCGUUAGUUAAUUAUUGAUUGGCAAUGUCGCAUGUAUUUCAACGCGAGUCUACGCGUAAUUAGUUGUUAACCUAUUCUAGAACAUUCUUUGUUCAAACGCUCGGCAGAUUUCCGUUGCCUGGUAAUUGUUAUAAUACGUGUUUAUUGCCCUAGUCAACCCUUGUUCCGAACGUUCUUGAACGUUGGUCGUCGUUUUCAAAUUCUCAGUGGUUGUCACGCAUACCUCUUACUUCGCUCGAUCAUUCUUUCUUUCAUGCAUUUCAAUCAAGUCGCUUUUAUGGUUUUAUAACGUUGCAUUAUAUUCUCGCGUGAAAGGAUCGACUGACGCACCUAUUACAGGUAGGAGAGGUAUCCUGCUAGUCGAGGUAAAACAAAAAUCGUAUCUUUUCAGUACUACACGGUUAGCAUGGGAAUGUUUACGAUACAUCUCCCUUAACGGUCUCAAAUUUCGAAGUCUUUAUAACUACGCAGUUUCGACGACGCAAUCGUUCUUAGGAAGGUUGACUUUAUUAUUUGAAAGAAACUAAAUAUAGCCUCCUUUGAGUGCCUCGCCUGAGAUUAUCUCCAAGUGCUACGCACUGACGAGGUACGCAAAUUCGGUAUAUUGAAUGGUUGAAACUAUUGAAACUAUUGGAAAGAAAUAAAAUAAUUUUUAACAAAAAAAGAAUCCGACUUCCAAAUGCACUAAAAAGUAUAAAA